AGUAUUUUGGUUGUAACUAAUAGGUAGAGGCUGUCACCGUGGGCUUCGUGGUUUUCUUCAAAACGUGCUACCUUAGCUAGCGUUAGCUGCUGUCCCAGGACUACACAGGAAAACAUUUUGUUGGAAAAUAACAGCUAACUUAAAUUUUAACACAAAUGUCAAGGGUUGGGUGGAUAAGUUUUUGAACAACAGUGCCUGUGGCGUAGAUGAAUAAAAUAAUCCAGGUUUGACUGACCCAACGACUUAAUCCAUUGUUGUGCCAGCUGUUGGUCAACUCAGAAGUGGACUGAAUGGAUCCAAGCCAGACCCCUGACCUCAGUGGUAUGACAGGUGUUCCUUGGAUGGGACGCGGAAGACAACAGCCUGAAAAGCUGGCUAUUGGACGUAGUAGAGGGCUGCUGCUCUCUACAGAAGUGCUUAGUACAGGACGCGCAAGAGGUUUUCCCACCCCUGGUGAUAUUCCACAAGGACAAGGAGUAACUCUGCCUCCUACUGAGCGUGUGCUAGGACGAACUAGAGGGCUGCCGGUGGAACCUGAUGAUGGAGGAGUUGGCCAAGCCAGAGGGCUGUUCUUACCUGUAGCUCAACCAAAGUUAGGGAUAGCAAGAGGUGCAGCCCUUCCUAACCCGGAGCCACCGUAUGGGCAGACAUCUCUAUGUGAAACCACGGCACGAGACCCAACACAAGAGAUGCCGACUUUGACAGCACAAGAAGCUGGAACCAGAAAUGUAGACAUGCCUACCCACAGUCAAGGAUCAAUGCUGGUGUCAAUGUUUAGAGGAAUGGGCAUUGAGCCAUCAAUGACCACAUGGGGACGAGGAACACUCCCAGUGGGAAGAGGAGCAAUAGGAGAUAUGGGAGAGGUGAAGUUACAAGGUGCUCCAGUAGGUGACAUCAGCAGCCCAGAGAGCAUCAGUCAACCUGAAGAGUUGAUGGGCCGAGGCAGCAGUUUCCAUGGCCAAGGUUUGUCCCCUCGUGUGAUGGUGGGGCUUGGAAGAGCAGCAAUGCCACAGCUUGGAGCAGGAAGUGGACGUGCUUUCCUUCCACAUUUUCCUCCAGGUCAUGACAAGUCUGUUUCUCCAGUCUCUGAACCACAAACAGCUCCACACUUCCAACUUCUCCACACAGGCACUGUCCCUCCUGUGGUCACCACUCAUGACGUCAUGGAGCUUUCUACUAUUGCAAGACCAAAGAUGGAGCUAAAAACAGAGGAAGUCCAUGAGCCACUUAAUAAGGCUGGAACAACAGGAGCUCCUAUAACUAUUGGCUCAAACCACAUCCCGAUUGUCUGCAAGAACAAAGCUGUUUAUCAGUACCAUGUUACUUUCACUCCAAACGUUGAAUCAAUGGCGAUGCGUUUUGGCAUGAUGAAAGAUCACCGCACAACCACAGGGGAAGUAGUUGCUUUUGAUGGCUCCAUACUCUACCUGCCAGUUAAGCUGAAUGACGUGGUUCUCAAGAGUUUGAGACGAACUGAUAAUGAGGAAAUUCAAAUCAAAAUCCAGAUGACGAAGAUUUUGCCACCAAAUUCAGAUCUAUGUAUCCCGUUCUACAAUGUCGUCCUCAGAAGAGCAAUGAAAAUCAUUGGUCUGAAGUUGGUGGGGCGAAAUCAUUAUGAUCCGGAAAACGCAGUCAUUCUUGCCAAACAUCGGCUUCAGAUCUGGCCAGGCUAUUCAACUGGCAUUCAGUGUACAGAUGGAGGCCUGUACCUGUGUGUGGAUGUGUCUCACAAAGUCCUGCGGAAUGACUCUGUGAUGGAUGUUAUGAAUGUGCUUUACCAACAGAGCAAGCAGAACUUCCGAGACGAAUGCUCCAAAGAACUGGUUGGAAGCAUCAUCAUCACUCGAUACAACAAUCGCACCUACCGUAUUGAUGGUAUUGAGUGGGAGAAGUCACCUAAAGACACUUUCACCUUGAUGGGUGGCACAACAACCACCUUUGUGGAGUACUACAGAAAGAACUAUGGGAUUACAUUAAAAGAGAUGGACCAACCUCUGCUCAUGCAUCGGCCAAAGGAGAGGUCCAAGCCAGGAGGGAAGCAACUCAUUACUGGUGAGAUCUUUUUAGUCCCAGAGCUUUGCUUCAUGACUGGAAUCCCCGAGAAAAUGAGAAAGGACUUCAGAAUUAUGAAGGACUUGACCAUGCACAUCAAAGUGAGCAGUGAGCAGCACACCCAGUCCAUAAAACAGUUUCUGAAGAACAUCAGCGCCAACCCUCAGAGUGUGAAGGAGCUCAGCCAAUGGGGACUUGUGAUUAACUUGGAAAUCCUGAUGCUCAAAGGUAGAAUUCUGCCCCUUGAAACCAUCUGUCUGCAGUCUUCAUCCUUUGCCACUGGUGCCGAUGGAUCGUGGUCUAGAGAGGUUGUCAGGAGUGCUCCAAUCAGCUCUGUCCCCUUGAAAACCUGGGCCAUCUUCUACCCUCCACGCUGUGCUGAGCAGGCUGACGAACUAGUUUCCACCUUCACCAAGGUGGCUGGGCCUAUUGGAAUACGAGUGGACAAACCCAUUUGUGUGAAACUGAGGGAUGAUCGAACAGAAUCUUAUGUCAAGAGCAUCAUCACUAAUCUCAUCAGUAAGCCUGAUAUUCAGCUUGUAGUGUGCAUAUUGGUUGGCAACAGAGAAGACAUCUACAGUGCCAUCAAGAAGAUCUGCUGUGUUCAGCAUCCUGUCCCGUCCCAGGCCAUCAAUAUCCGGACAAUUUCCCAGCAACAUAAGUUGAGGAGUGUUGCUCAAAAGAUACUACUGCAGAUCAACAGCAAGCUGGGGGGAGAGCUGUGGACUGUCAGUGUACCUCUGAAACGCAUGAUGGUAAUUGGAGUUGAUGUCCACCAUGACAACAGCAAAGCCCAUCAGUCAGUCAUGGGCUUUGUCGCAAGUAUGAACAGCUCACUGACCCGCUGGUUCUCCAGAGUAACUUUCCAGACACCCACCGAGGAACUGAUCAGGGGCUUCAGUUCUUGCUUGGCAGACGCAAUUAAUAGGUACUACGAGGUGAACCAUGACUUCCCAGAGAAGAUUGUGGUGUAUCGCGAUGGUGUGUCAGACAGCCAGCUGAAGUUUGUGGAGCAGUACGAGAUCCCGCAGCUGAUCAAGUGCUUUGAGAAUUUCCCCAGAUAUGAGCCCAAGCUGGUCUUCAUUGUGGUUCAAAAGCGCAUCAACACCACCCUCUACUCCUGGAAUGCAAACAACUUUGGCACUCCUCCACCUGGAACUGUUCUGGAUCACACCCUCACUCGCAAAGACUGGGUGGACUUCUAUCUGAUGGCACAUGACAUUCGCCAGGGCUGUGGAGUUCCCACACACUACACCACACUCUACAACACAGCAAACCUCACCCCAGACCAUUUGCAAAGGCUGACUUUCAAGAUGUGCCAUCUGUACUGGAACUGGACCGGCACCAUUCGUGUUCCAGCACCUUGCAAAUAUGCGCACAAACUGGCUUUCCUGUGUGGCCAGCACCUGCAUUCAAAGCCAGCCCUUCAGCUGUCAGACAAGCUGUUCUUUCUUUGAGCUGCACCAGCUACUGCCACAGGCGAGAACACUACUGGUUCAUUGACUUGUGGCACUCAGGUCUUCAAUGUUGAGUUGUUUCUGUUUAUUUAAAAAAACAAAAAACAAAGUAACAGUUAAAACUUGAAAUGGGAACUUGCCCGCUUCUUUUGUUUGUUGGCUGGUUUUAUUUUUCUUAUUAGCCACAUUAGUUAUUGAGUUAAUGUUCGGUAUAUUUUAAAACGUUCACAUGUUUAAAUAAAGAUCAAAGAUUUCAGUAAAA